GCGGGCUAGCCUUGGGGUUGAGCCGGCCGGGGCUGGGGACUUUGAAGUCCCAAACUUGUUUCCUUGCCAAAGGAACUUUACAAGCAGACCCUCUUCGAGUCCAAGAUGAGCUGGUUAACUGCUGCAGAAGUUUACUUAGGUGCUGAGAUACACAGGCCAGUCUUUGCAUCCAUCCAAUAGAAACAUUGUGAAAAAAAAACUGUAUACUGGAAUGACCCAGGUUCCGCGUGAUUGUAAUACGGGCUCCUUCGGUGGUAGCUGCCCCUUGUAUGGUGUGGCUGCCCUCAAUGGCUCCUCCCUGGCCUUGUCCCGCCCCUCAGCCCCUUCCCUCUGCCACUUUGUAGCCGGGGCAUCAGGCCUCUUGGCCCUCUACUGCCUUCUGCUUCUCCUCUUUUGGGUCUACAGCAGCUGCAUCGAGGAUGCCCACAGAGGUUCCAUAGGGCUUCGAAUUGCGUUGGUCAUCUCAGCUGUGGCCGUCUUCCUGACACUGGUGUCUGCCUGUAUACUUCGAUUUGGUACCAGUUCUCUCUGCAAUUCCAUCAUCUCCUUGAACCGUACACGCAGCUGUUCUGAAGCCCAGAAAUCCGCAUGGACACCCCCUGGAACUGCUGUGCAGUUUUACUCCAACCUGCAAAACGCUGAAACCUCUUCUUGGGUGAAUCUGGUACUGUGGUGUCUGGCCUUGAUGCUCCAGGUCGUGCAGUGCAAGUCUCAAGCCACCCCAGAGCGGAGCUCUGAGACGGAUGCUCUUAUUGGAUAGUGCCUGUCUCACUCCUGAAGAAUACUCAGUGCUUUCUGCAGCCAGAACCUCCAUCCCCAAGAGCUUUUAAUCUUCUUGCCUCAUAUACAGCCCUGUUUAUACUGAGAACCUCAGUUUUCCCUCCAGGAGGGAAACUAGAAUAGGAACCCUGUGCUUUUUCACCUUAACAUUUUUUGUACCAAAAUAAUAAUUACUUUUCUUCAUCAA